AUGACACCGCCAUCCGCAACCUCACCCAGGGCAUUCGGCUCUGAGCGGCAGAUACCGCGCCUCAGCACGCCACGCCGCCCUAGAAGUGAUCUCGGUUCGCAGAACGGCGAUUCUCAGGCCGCCGACUCUGUAACCUACUCUCCGUGCUCCGACAAAGAGGACAACGCGCUGGACGAAGAGCGGUAUGACGUCCUUCCAGGCAACCCCUUUGACAGCGAGAGCAGUAGGAUCCUGUUCGACGCCAUCGAUCGGCUGCAGUCGUGCGGCGUGGGCCAGGAGUUGGCGAUUCCUCAGCUGGUCAUAGUCGGAGGCCAGUCCGCCGGCAAGUCCUCGCUGCUCCAGAGCCCGACUGACAUCCCGUUCCCCGUCGGCAAGGGAUGCUGCACCCGCUUCGCCACGCGCAUCGUGUCGCGCAGGACGGCGCCCGGCAGUACGAACGCCGUCAAAAUCACCAUCGUCGACCCCGAAGUGACAGACAUUUUUGGGUAUCCACCGGAUGACGCCUACAAAAGGUACAGUUAUGUCAGCGAUCGUCUGGGGGCCGAGGAAUUCGGCGAGAUGAUGGAAAAUAUAUCAGCCUCGUAUAUGGGCAUCAAACCCGGUCAAGGGUCUCACACGAAAAACUUCGCCACUCAGGUUCUUCGCAUCGAGCUCUCGGGCCCGUCCCGGUCGCACUUUAGCAUCCUCGAUGUGCCGGGUAUCAUUGCGUGGCCUCGCCACGUCAACGAGUACGAGUUGCAUGGUGUCAAGAAGAUGGUGGAGGAAUACAUGAGGGAACCAGCAAACAUUGUCAUCUGUGUGGCCGCUGCUACUGCAGAUCUGGAGACACAGGAGAUCUUCAACAUGGCUGCCAAGCUUGUUGACAAGAAACGCCUUGUCGGUGUCUUUACCAAGUGCGACAGAUUGGAGUCCCCAACUGAGGUGAUCGAAAUCGCAAGCGAGGGCGGCGAAGACUCGGAAAAGGCCAUGCAAGGCGGCUGGUUUGUAGUGCGAAAUCGUUCUGAGCUUGAUGACGACGAUUUCGAUGUCAAGGAAGCUGAACGCAAGCUCUUCGAUCAACCGCCCUGGGACAAAAUACGGAGGGAACGUAGGUGUUCCAGUGCGCUCCAGGAACAUCUCGGCAAACUGCUCUGCGCCCAGAUCCGCGGUAACUUCCCCGUCAUACAGGAGUCUGUCCGGAGCCUGCUCUCGGACGCCGAAAGCUCCCGGAGGGCCCUCGGCGAUCCGCGCCUCAGCCACAGUCUCCGCCAGCAGUACAUCAGGGACGUUGUCGAGAGAUACCACGCCACCGCGGUCAAGACGCUCAAGAGCCCGGGUUCCUUGUCUGACGAGGCGCUCCGUGUGCGCGGGCUGGUGCGGGAGGCGAACGAGCUCUUCACGGCAGAGAUGCACAAUCGCGGCCACACCCAUCUCUUCGAGGACCCCGACGCCGAUCCGAUGACGCAGCUCGCCAAUGCCGUGAAAUUUUACGCGGCGAGGCUUGCCGGAGAGACCAUGGGUGCCGAGCACGAGCGCGGCGCCACAUCCCCCCCCUUGACGCCGCCAGAGAAAACCCGAGCGGCCACGCGGUUCCCCACUUCGCAAAAGCCACCCAUCAAGCCGCUCGUCGAGGAGAUCGGUGAGCAGCUCCGCAUCUGGCAGACGACGGAGCUACCGGGGCUGGUGAACACGGAGGUGAUCCAGGUCCUGUACAGGAAGCAGUCGGAGAACUGGCAGCGGAUCGCCGAGUACCACAUCGACUGCAUAGCCAACGACAUCGAGACGGCCUCCAACUGGAUCCUCGAGGACGCCUGCUCGCCCGCCUGCUGCUCCAGCAUCCUCUACCAAGAGCUCUCCCGCGUCCUCACCCAGCUCCAGCAACAGGCGAAGAAGAAAGCCGUCGAAGAACUCAAGGAGUACUGCCGCCGGGAGCGGGCGUCGCACCUCCAGACCACUGAUUCGAGGUUCGAGGAGAGGCUCCAGGCGCUGCGGACUGUCCGGCUCCUGAACAGUCUCGGUUCCAUCCCGCCGUUUACGUCUGGCAACAACAUAAAUAUCGACCAUGCCAAGCGCUUGUUUCGCCAUUUCCACCACUCCAGCGAGAAUAACAUGAUCUACGACGUGCACGACGUCGUAAAGGUUUACUACCAGCUGUCCCUGGAAGCCUUCAUUCGAUACAUCACGAACGAUAUUGUCGAAGACUUUAUCUCGUAUUCUGAGGGGCCAUUGAUGGGCUUGUCGACCGACUGGGUGUUGAAGCUUAGCGAGGAGGACGUCGAGAAAUUGGCACGCGAGGACGAAGAGACUUUGCACAAGCGUGCGCACUAUGAUCUCAUCGUUGAGAAGCUAAAGACCGCCCACGAAAUCGCUGAGAAUGCUAGAAUGCAGACCAGAAAUGUCGGGCAUGUGUCGGGCAUUCCUGCUGCCUAG